UGCUGCCUAAUCAACCGUUUUGCUUUGUUAAUGUAUUUAGUGCGUAAAAAUGUAUCCUUUGAUACUUUGUGACAGCCGCACGCGGAGUCUGGUUGUCACCUCAGAUGCAAGUCUCACUUUGCGCUAACUGGGUAAACAGAUUCGUUUGCAUGGUCGAGCCAGUUUGAGUUGCCCUUUCCUGGCUAUAGAUAUAUAGUGCUUCACUUUCGUCUCUGAAGAUGGACCCUAUAAACCACACAAUUGCUUUCACGAAAAGUUCAUGAAUAUUUCACCGACGUCGUCCUCUAAAAAAGAGAGAAAGCUAUAGAGAGAGGAAACGAAAACAAGGAGGAUUUGGGCUGAACAGGAGCCCUGAGGCUUGAGGCCUUCGCUGCCACAUUUACGGAGUGACUGGCAGCCUGGAAUGCCAGCAUGGAGGGACAGCACAGUCAUCUCCAGCACAACCUAGAGGAUCAAAACAAACUCUACAAGCCCGAGGACAACCAGAGGAACAUGCCGGUGUACCAGUACUGCUGCACAUCGCUGGCCAACUUCCGCAUCGAGAAGAAGAUCGGGCGGGGGCAGUUCAGCGAGGUCUACAAGGCCACAUACAUGCUGGAGGGAUACCAGGUGGCUCUCAAGAAGGUCCAGAUAUUUGAGAUGAUGGACGCCAAGGCUCGUCAGGACUGCAUCAAGGAGAUUGACCUCCUGAAGCAGCUGAACCAUCCCAACGUCAUCAAGUACCUGGACUCGUUCAUCGAGGACAACGAGCUCAACAUAGUGCUGGAGCUGGCUGACGCCGGCGACCUUUCGCAGAUGAUUAAGUACUUCAAGAAGAAGCGGCGACUGAUCCCGGAGAGAACCAUCUGGAAGUAUUUUGUCCAGCUGUGCAGCGCCCUGGAGCACAUGCACUCACGCCGCAUCAUGCACAGAGACAUCAAGCCGGCCAACGUGUUCAUCACGGCCACGGGGCAGGUCAAGCUGGGGGACCUGGGACUCGGACGCUUCUUCAGCUCCAAGACCACCGCAGCACACUCUCUAGUGGGAACUCCGUAUUACAUGUCCCCUGAAAGGAUCCAUGAGAACGGCUACAAUUUCAAGUCGGACAUCUGGUCUCUGGGAUGCCUUCUUUACGAGAUGGCAGCCCUUCAAAGCCCUUUCUAUGGAGACAAGAUGAACCUGUUGUCCCUGUGCCAUAAAAUCGAGCAGUGUGACUACCCUCCCCUCCCUCCUGAUCACUACUCAGAGAAGCUGCGGGAGCUGGUGAGCAUGUGCAUCAACCCGGACCCUGACCAGCGGCCUGACAUCGUGCUGGUCCUGCAGAUCGCCAAGCAGAUGCAGCUAAGGACUGAGAGCACUUGAAGCUGCUGUGCACACACACACACACACACCUGUGGUGACGCCCAUGGACCACACUCACACAACACACACGGUCAUACAACAUACACACCCCAUCUCAACAACGAAAAGCAGCAACAGCAGCGGAAAGGUGACAUGAAUCGGUCAACCUGGUCUUUCAGAUGCCUCAUCGCUCACAUGUCCUCUUGCAUGGAAGAAAUAUACCCAAGAGUCUGAAGGAUGGGGACCCAUCACACAUCGGGGGAGAGCUCUCCACAGCAGUAUAUGAGUGGACAUACCUGUAACAUUUCUUUUUGUGUGUCUCAAAGACAAACAUUUUUUCAGAAGAAAGAAACUAUGAUGAAGCCCACUUGUGACAUUGGAAAAAAGUGAAUUGGUCACAUGAGACAUGUUUUUAUUUGUGUGUGUAGGGCUAAGGCAGUGAUUGGCUUUGCGACUGUUGGUAGAGAAAAGGGUCUCGACUUGGUCCCUCAAAAAGUGGCUGAUGGAGAGAACCCCCGAAAGUCUUAGGACGACUAUGACAGUGAUGAUGUGGAGGUCCAGAGGUGGCCUCGCAGACAUGGAGUGCAUCCCAAUAUGUGACCUUGCCUCCUCCACUUGCCUCCUCCACUCGCUUCUCGUCAUGAUGACAUCACUGACAACAGCAUUAUAUUUCAAUAUCUUGCAAAAGCUCAAUUGUAGAGUCUUUUUCUCGUUUGCAAUUGGGAAGGUGAAUGAAAAACAGUCCCUCAAAAGUUGUUGUGGCGAGGCUGACAGCUGGGAAACUUUAUCGUUUUCUCCAAGGAGGAGGGGCCAGGAGGCGGGGCGAGGAGACAAGCGCAAGUGGAGGAGGCAAGGACACAUAUUGGGAUGCACCCAUGGUUGUCAGAUGAGCAGAAGGGGUUGCAUUCCAGACUUGUUUCUCUUUCUUAGCAUUGCUCUCAAUCUCUCUCUCUGUCUUGUUAUUAACUUCUCUGUGAUGCACCUUGUGAAAUGGACUUCCACAUGUGCCACUUGGACUCCAUGAUAAUGCUAAUUCUUAUGCUGUUGCUUUGCGUUUUUCUUUUCUUUUCUUUUACUAAAGAAAUGUUUACUGAGGUGUCUUGUGUUAACCAUGAUCAUAAUGUUAAUCACUUACCUCAGAUGUGUUCAGACGACUUUUGUUUUAUGUAAAUAUCCUUUAAGGCUCCGUCUCUUCCCUGAUGCAUCACACGUCAGUGACAUUAGUGUUAUCUUUCUUUUUUUCCCUUCCUCUCCCCAUCCUACUGUGCUGGCGAGGUGGCAAGGCGUGAGUUCAGUAAAGCCCGUCACCAGAGAUUCUUUAAGUAUAGAGAUAUGCCAACAUAAUAGGUUUCUAUGGGCAUCUAAUGUGACCAGGUUCCGAUCUGCCUAAAGGGGUGUGUCAUAAUGCUCCUAGCAUUGAAUAGAACAGUCCUCAGGUCUGCCUAAAGGGGGAUUCCCCCCCCCAAUAAUAGAACCAGGAAACAAUGGGCCAAUGGAACCUCUCUCUCUCUACUCUCUCUGCCGUCACUGACCCCAAAGCCACAUGCAAAACAAACUCCUGGAGGGUUUGAACACGCAUCUGGAGACAGCUAGCAGGUUCACUCAGUGACAUGCUGGGCACGGACAACAAGCAACAGUAUAAGCUUUUUUCCCCUUUUUUUUUUGUUUAAGUCUGUUCAGUAAAUGUGUAAACAAGUGCCUUAUGAUCCUGUUCAUGGCACAUGGACUGAAUAUUGUAAGGAUUCUAUGAAUGUUUAUUUUUUUGUCGUUUUCCUCCUCAGUGGAAAUGUAAGAAUUUGCAGGAGGUGCAAGGGGUGAUGGGAAUUGUAGUAUUAGUUUGCCUCUGUGUGUUUGUUCUUCAGACUUAACGUUACACAUUGUUUUUUUUGUUGCUGGCCAAAUGUUGCCUUUGAAUAGUACAUGACCAUUAGUCAUUGGAUGAUUUUUUUUUUCUUCUAACAGGGUGUGCCCGUGUUGCUCAUUAACAGAAAUAUUGAAGGUUUGAACCACUCACACAGCCAAUGUAGAAUACGUGUUUUACAUGCCAUUUUAACUAAAUGCAUUUAAGGUUGUAAUAAAUAUUGAGCAUCACAUGGUACUGCUGAGCAGGUUCAAUUUGCAAACGCAAAUCUUUGUAUUAAAACCAAAAUAUUAUUUUAAGACGGUUGUUGUAAAUGGCAUGUGGAAGCCUUAUGGAUUUGUUUUUUGGAAAACUAACACCAGUAACACUAAUGAUAGUUACUACCAAACUCAGUUGUGCAUAUGUUCAAGACUUCUUUUUGGAAUUGAACAACUUUAACACAUUAAUGUUGUUCUCUAUUGUUUUUGUUUAGGUUUUUUAACAGUUCCUUUUUGGUGAUGAAAUGCUGUGGACAUGUAAUUAAUGCCACCCUUGUUGUAUUUUGUAGUAGAUAUGUUCAUGUGUAAUUACAAUAAAAAAACCGGCUUAA